AUGAACGGGACCCUGAUCCCCCACACCCCCAUCGCCGUGGACUUCUGGAGCCUGCGGCGGGCCGGCCACGCCCGCCUCUUCUUCCUGUCGCACCUGCACUCCGACCACACCGUGGGCCUGUCCAGCACCUGGACCCGGCCCCUCUACUGCUCCCCCCUUACUGGCCGCCUCCUGCACCACAGCCUGCAGGUGGCGGAACGGUGGAUUCGGCCCCUUGAAGUUGGGGAGAGCCACGUGCUGCCGCUGGAUGAGGUGGGGCAGGAAACCAUGACCGUGACCCUCAUCGAUGCCAACCACUGUCCUGGCUCUGUCAUGUUCCUCUUUGAGGGAUACUUUGGAACCAUCCUCUACACAGGUGACUUCCGCUACGCCCCGGCCAUGCUACGGGAGCCUGUCCUUAGCCACGGGAAGCAGAUUCACACCCUGUACCUCGACAACACCAACUGCAACCCGGCACAACCCCUACCCUCCCGGGAGGAAGCCACCCGCCAGAUCGCCGCACUUAUCCGACGACACCCGCAACACGACGUCAAGAUAGGUCUCUACAGCCUGGGGAAAGAGACCCUCCUGGAAGAGCUGGCGCUGGAGUUCGGCACGUGGGUGGUCCUGAGUCCUCAGCGACUGGAGCUGGUGCGGCUGCUGGGCCUGGCGGACGUGUUCACGGUGGAGGAGGGGGCGGGCCGGAUCCACGCCGUCAACCACGCUGAGAUCUGCCGGGCCACCAUGUUGCGUUGGAACAGCGACCGCCCGACCAUCGCCAUCCUGCCGACCAGUCGCUGGGUCCAAACCGCCCACCCGGGCAUCCACGUCGUCCCCUACUCUGACCAUUCUUCCUUCUCCGAGCUGUGGGACUUCGUGGUGGCGCUCCGGCCCUGCAGCGUGGUGCCCAUUGUGAAAGGGCAGCCCUGCCAGACGUACUUCCGGGAGUGCCUGAGCCCGGGUCUGCCCAGCCCCCAGAUUCCGGUGUCUGUGCAGCGCUACAUGAGGGUCCGCAGAACCCAGCGAGGCCAGAGCAUCCUCUAUUUGCCGAAGAGGACUCCCCAACGGGCGGCAGCACAGGGGGUGGUGUUUGAAUCCCCCGAGAAAAAGCAAACCCAGCUUCCUGAUUCUUGGACCAAAGGCCAGCCCUCCGAGCUGCCGUUGCACAACCCGGAUACCAGCGGCGCGGGCUGGGAUGGAGAGGAACGGUCAACGCUUUUCUGCCGGCAGACGGUGCCGGCUACGCAGGCCGCCUCCGUGGGGUUCGCGCUGCCAUCGCCCACUCCGGACAGUGGCGACGCCUUGGGCGGUUGGGGCCAUUCAGGACUCCGGGAGCGAGCCCUCCUCGUGCCCAGGUGGAGAGGCAGGAACAGCUUGACGACCCACGGGACUGAGGACAGUGAGCCGAGUGGAAAACCUCUGCCGGCGGGGACCAGCGGCAGCGUCAGUCGCCGGAAACUCCUGGUCACCCUCCCCCCGAGGCUGGCUCUGAAGUACCUCCUAACCCCCUUGAGCCUCCUGAACCAGAAGAACUCUGUGGAGAGCUUUGACCGGCGGGUGGAGAAAUCCCUCAGGAGGGUGAGGCAGGUGGGGCUGUCUGCUUCAGAUAGGCUCCUCGACGAUCGGUAA